AUGGCCAUUGAUUGUUCUUCGGCAAACAACUUGCGAAAUACGCUUGACAACUUGUCCAUAAGUUCUUCACCUGAGCCCGUCCAAGAUUGCGAGUCCUCAAGCAUGCACCCACAGACGACAAGAUCGCUUCUCUCCAAGUCAUUGGCUGGCGAAUGUCACAGGGAAAGCGCUGCUCCGGAUCCCCAACAGUUUCGUAUAGGUGAGGACGAUGUGUAUUCGUCUUACGGUCAUCCAGAACCCUCGCUUCUCGCUACGUCUAUUGGCAAAGAUCAUGAUGGUAGGCUAAUACCAUCUAGUUCCACGAUUUCGCUCUUAUCGUUGAACAGUAACGUGAAUGGAGGCUCACUUUUAACGCAUCCAGAAACUUUCAAUACCAGCGUGAAAGGUUCGGUCCCAGGGCUCACUCACGCUAACCCGGAUCGUGUUAGCUCUUAUACAAACUUGAGAUCGAGAAACUCGAUUACACAUCUAGGCCAGCAGCGAUUACAGCCUUAUCAUAAAUUAUCUUCCCCUAUAGCACCCUCCCUGGGGGAAUUCAGCAUCAUCUCGAGUCCGAAAACUAUACCCUGGGGUAAAAACCAGAUGACCACGCCGGACUCCCCGAAUUUAAACCCUACCUCUUUUGGAGAAUCGCCGUCUAGAUUCUGGCUUAGUGCACAAACGCCUCCGAAAUCGCUUACAAUGCCCAAACACAAAAAUCAAUUCGUCGGCCCUCUGGGCUUUGCCGUGACACCAUUCCAACAAAAGAAUCAACAAAAGCAUGCUUUCACAAACACAAUCAAUAUCACCAGAGGCGGUGAUUCACCAGUUCUCAUUCCGGUUCAGACGCCGAUCGAAGACAUACCAAUGACGCCACUAUAUCUCAACUCAGAAGGAAGCUACUUCGCAGAUUCAAAUGGCCCGAGGGAUUACGGCGAGGCGAGAGCGGAUUAUUUUUCAGGCGCCAAUGAGUCUCUUUUGGAAGAAAAGGAACAAGCGCUGUCUGAUUCCGAGGAUCAUAAUAUGGAUUAA